UUUGGGCAUGAAAUCAUAAUAAUACUUUGUCACCAACUUUAACAAUGGCCACACAGAAUGAUCCUUUUGUAGAGCAACAGGCCACCGAUUCUUUUUAUGCAGUGUCUGACGAUACUCAUAGGGUAGAUUCUGAUGAAUCAGAUGCUCUUAGACUUAGUGUAGAUUUAGAUGAUGAAACAACUCGUAUCCCUAGCCCUGCCGCUAGCCAACAGGAAGACAGCUCCAAAACGAGAGCUCAAAAUGAAAUGGAGGACCCAGAACAGUUGAUGAAAGAAUACGAAAAUGCAAAAUCGGUCAGAAUUCUUGUGACUGGAAAGACUGGCUCUGGAAAAUCUACUCUUAUUAAUGGGAUUCUCGGUGUUUCUCUAACAGAGGAGAGGAAAGCUAAAGUAGGGAACAGAAUCAGCGAAGCCUGUACAACAGAAGUCGCAGCAUAUCACGUCAGAAAGGAGAACGUUGAUAUCACGAUUUGGGAUAGCCCUGGUCUACAAGAUGGCACUGGUAAUAUGCUGUAUCUGCAACAAAUAAAGGAGAAGUGUCAGAAGAGAGAUUUAACCCUGUACUGUAUUGAUGUACGUCAGACAAGAUUCCUUGAUGGAGAUGAUAACCCGGAUGUUGUUGCAAUGAAGAAUUUUACGAGAGAGUUUGGCUCUCAGUUUUGGAACAACACCGUCAUUGUUCUGACAUUUUUCAACUACGUUGCCGAUGAUGUUAAUAUCAAAUAUUUAAAAACAGGAGAAGAAAAAACCGAAGCAGUUGAGGCUAAGUUGCUGGAGUGGAAAAACCAAAUAGUGCACAUUUUAACCCAUGAUGUAGAGAUUGACCAACAAGUUGCUGAGAAGAUACCCAUUUUUCCGGCUGGGUACUAUCGUGAACCAGAUCUUCCAGUCUGUGACUAUUGGUUAUCAAACCUCUGGUUGCAUUGCCUCACUGCUAUCUCUUCUCAGGAAGGCCAGUUUGCAUUACUCAAAACAUGUGCAGAUCGCUUGAGAACAAAUGAUGACGUAGGACAAGAUGAUUUUGAGAAUCCUAUAGAGCAGCAGCCAAUUGUAUUAGAAAAGAAGCGCUUCGGAAGAAAUGGACUGGUUGGAUAUGUGAUCGGUAUUGCUGGAAAACCUGUUGUAAUUGGCGUGGCUACUGGAACGGUGAUUGGAGUCCUCCUAGCAUUUGGGCGACAGAAAAUGUCAGAACGAGUAGUAACCGAAUUAGUAAAGCUAGUUGUCUGAGCGAUAAAAUGUACUGUCUAUCAAUUAUAAUACGUAUAUAGAUCUAUCACUGUUUUAUUGAA